AUGGCGUCGGGCCCCUCCGCGGCGGCGGCCGCGGGAGCCGCCGCCGCGGCGCUGUUGCAGCGGCAGCUGCUGUCACUGGGAGACAUGGGGAGAUGGUUGGGAAAUCGCAAGGAAGUGGAGAAGGAUGGAGUGAACAUCAAACCGGUGACGGCCGAAAGUUCUUCCACAAUGAGGCACAGUUUGGAGACAGGCGUAUCACAAUGGGAGAAGCCAGACACCUUGAUGUCUGAGAGCGAGAGGAUUGUGAACUCUGCCGAUUGGAAGCAAUACCGGAUUUGGGAUGGCCGCAUUUUCUACUACAACAAGGAGACCAAAGUGAGUUGCUGGAGCAUGCCACCCGAAUUGCGCAAGCUUCGGGGCGAAAGCACUGGCCUGGACGACCGGCCCCUGGCCGAGACCGGCGCAGAGCGACGGCACGCCUUUCAGGAUUUCCUCAAGCAGAAAGGCGUCGAUGCCACCUGGGACUGGCGCCGAGUCCAAAGUCUCGCACGCGAGGCGCCACAGGCGCAAGGCUUGAGUGAACAAAUUCAGAAGCAGGUCUUUGCGGAAGUGCUCAGUAUGGAGUUGCGGAAGAAAGAGAUUCAGGUGCGCGCCAAGGCGCGCAACGCCGCCGUGGCCCUGGAGCGACUCUUGGAGGAGCGCUUCUCGGAGCCGGAGGCCUUAGGCACCACCUACCAGGAAGCCGCCAACAUCCUAGGAGAUGAGGAGGCUUGGAUCCUGAUCAAGUCUGAUGUCAGAAGAGAAGAAGUCUUCCAGAACGUCAUGGAACGCCUGGAAGACAAACAUCAGAAAGCUCGGGCGGAGAAACGCACUGAGCGCGUUGUUCGUUUGCAACGGCUCAUGGCCACAGAUCCAGAUCUGAAACGGCCACGGACGCGGUGGAAGGACGCAGCAGCAGUGCUGGCUCGACGUGAUGAAUUGCAAGAGGAGGAUCCACCUAUCGAAGCUUUGAGAGUUUGGGUCUCCAUGAGGGAACUGAGGUUAGCGUCGACCAAGGAGGUCGAUCUCAAGAGCAAAGUGCAGAGCGACUUCUAUCGAGACGAGCGAAAACGUCGUGAUGCUUUCGUCCUAGCCAUGAAGGAAGUCGCUGCUGCCGAGCGGCUGACCGUUGAUAGCGUUUGGGCGCAAGUGGAGGAGCAGCUCGGGCAUGACCAACGUUUCAUGGGGAUGCGUGAGGGUGAGGGCGCCACUGCAAUGGAGCUUUUUGAUGAGUUCAUCGAGGAGCUGAGACUAAAGGGUCCAGAGGCCUAUGCUGGUGUUGAACCUGCUCCUCCACCACCAGUGGUGCAGGAUUCUGAGGCUGUGAAGAGAGCACCCAAGGUGGAGUUGCACGUGCACUUAGACGGCUCCUUCGACUCAGCGGUGCUCUUCCGCGCAGCCCAGAAGCACCUGGAGGAGCUCCCAGAAAAGGUUCGCACGCCGUGGGAUGGGAAGCUAUUGGAUGUGCAACAGGCCAUCCGAAAUUGCAAUGGAGAUGUUGCGAAGUUCCACUCCCUGGUCACCGUUGGUGAUGAUAUUCUCGGCCUCUUCCCUAUCCUCGAUUGCUUCUACACUUUUUUGCCUAUUGUCCGUGGCAGAUUUGAUGUUUUGGAGGAGCUCUCCUAUGAGUUUUGCCGUGGUCGGAAAGAGGAGAACAUCAUCUACACCGAGGUGCGGUAUUCGCCCUUCGAGUUUUUGCCUCAAAACAACGAGGGCAAGGUGGCAGAUGCAAGUCAAGCAGAAGAGGCUGUGAAGGCUGUUUCAAGAGGCUUGGAGCGUGGGCAGAAGGACUUUGACGUAGUUGUACGUCAAAUCCUCUGCUGCAUCGCUGCUCAGCCCAGUUGGUCCCAGCUCACAGCGGAGCUAGCGGAGAAAUAUCGCACUGCAGGGGUGGUGGGUGUUGACAUUGCUUCUGGAGAGAUGCAUUUCGAGGAGCAGUCCAUGAAGUCCAGUCAUCAGCUGGCCAUGCAACUGGCCCAGAAGGCGGAGCUGGGUAUCACGGUGCACGCGGCCGAAUCGGGGCCAGGUGACAAUGUCGCACAGGCCAUGAACAUCUAUGGCGCAACACGCAUCGGACAUGGCUAUCGUUCCAUUGGGACUGAGGCCUUAAGCUCCGCCAAAGCCAAGGGUGUCCAUUUUGAGCUGUGCCCCACCAGUUCAGUCUCCACUGAAGCCAUUGAGCUGCCCAGCAAAGACGGUGCCCUCAGUUGGGAGACGCAUCCCAUUCGCCGCUUUGUAGAUGAAAAGAUCUCCUGCUCCAUCAACUCAGAUGAUCCCGCAAUCUUCCGAUGUACCCUAACCGAUGAGCUGAUGAUUUGUAAGCAGCAGAUGGGCAUGAGCUCGGAUGAUCUUCAUUGGUUGACCGUGCAGGCUCUUGACCAUGCUUUCAACUUGGAGGACGACUUGAAGAAGUCUUUGAAGGUGUGCUUUUUGAUCGCGGGCACAGCAAUUGCUCCCAAGGGGGGAGCCAGCUGGGAACCCGCCCCGAAGCGGCGCCGCACCUCGCGUUUGUCGGACGAUGUAGCGCACAUGCCCGUGAAGCAGGAGUUGCAUCCAGCUGUCAAGAUGGAGAAGGAAGAAGAUGAGGAUGAAGCUUGUCAGAAGAUCACCAGGUCUGCCAUUUCUCGCACUGAGCCUGGUGCUUUUGCUGGGCACGCUGAGUCAAGCUGCCUUCCUCCCCGCCCCGAGAGCACCAGACGCCACGCCAUGGACUCCUGGCACCGCCGACCCUUUAGAGUUGGAUGUGGGACAGAACAGAACCUGGCCGCGGGUGCGGGUGCCAUUGCCACCGGCCUGGGCCUGGCGCAAGGCGUUGCGGCGCAGGAGGGCCUGGGCCUGGCGGAUCAGGACCUGACGCCAGAGACCUUCCGGCCCGUUUGCCCGGCCAGUGAUGGUCUCUAUGGAUUCGGAAAGGCUGCAGCCGAUGGAUUGCUGGGCUCGGAGGGUGCUGAGUAUCGGCCCUUGGCCAUCGAGGCGUUGUUGCGAGUGAGGCUGGAGGUUUGUGUCUUGGAGUCCUUCGUCUACGAGGCAGUGGUGCCCUUCGUUCAGCGGAAAGGUCUUGGAUGGAUCUUGCCGUUGCAUGAAACCAUCGACACGGUCAUCGCAGGCACAGUCUUCGCGAUUGCGGUGAAUUUCAUCCUCUUUGGUACCACCAAAAUCUUGUCGGUGCUGGGCAUCUACCACGACUUCCUGGUGGGUGCCCCAUUGCGCCUGAUCGGCUUCGCUAUUUUACCCGAGCAAAAACCCAAAGAGACGCCUUUUAUCCAGAUCAACUGGCCGGGCACACCACAGGAGAAGGAAGAAGAUGAGGAGGAAAAGGAGCCUCCGCCUCCUCCUGCGGCUCCUCUAGCGGUCUUUGGCGGAGUUUGCAAGGGCUAUGGCAUCUUCGCAGGUGUGCUGAAAGAUUUUCUGGAAGGUGUGGACACCUUUGCUGGAAGAUACCUUGCCUUCUUUAGUAUCUUGUACAUUGCCUUCAAGUGGGCUCAUUUCAGACUCUUCAAUGACACGAACGCCCUGGACGCCUUGAUCGCCGCUGCGGGCGUGAACACGGGUGUGGGUCCGGUCAAAAGCGAGAUCCAGAAAAAGACGCUGCAGCCGUCCUCCAAGGCGCAGGCGGUGAAGGUGGAGCCGGUGAAGACCGAGCCAGUCAAGGCAGAGGAGGACGAUGAUACGGAGGAGGAAGACGAUCCGCUGAUGG